AAGGGGCAGUGCCGCGUCCCUGAGGGGACGGAGGCGGGAGCUGUGUUCCCUCACCGCCCUUCCCGCCUCCACCCCGGGGAGGUUGUUCGCGCACCUGAGAGGGAACCGAGGUGCUGCCACCUGGCUCGGCCCCCACAGGGACACCCGCCCCACCCCCGGCAGGCACCUCAGGAAUCCCGCCAAGAGCAGAUGUGUGGUUCUGCCCCGGCGGGCCGGGCCGGGCCGGUCUUACCCACGGGAAGCGCAGCGAUACCUGUAGAGUUUGUGUUCUGUCUCCGACAGCAAAUCACUGCAACGAAUCUGCAGCUGAAGGACAGCCAACAGCAUGCAGAUAGCACUAAUGUCAGAGACACAUACAAGGUGCAGGUCUAAGGCCCAAAAAGGGCAGUAAGCCAGAGAUGACUGACAAGAUGUCGAGCUUCCUUCAUAUUGGAGAUAUUUGUUCUCUCUAUGCAGAGGGCUCAACAAAUGGAUUUAUUAGCACUUUGGGCCUUGUGGAUGAUCGGUGUGUUGUACAGCCAGAAGCAGGUGAUCUUAACAACCCACCCAAAAAAUUCAGAGAUUGCCUGUUCAAACUAUGUCCCAUGAACCGGUACUCUGCUCAAAAGCAGUUCUGGAAAGCAGCAAAGCCAGGAGCUAACAGCACAACAGAUGCCGUGCUACUCAAUAAACUGCACCAUGCGGCAGAUUUGGAAAAGAAACAGAACGAAACCGAAAACAGAAAGCUGCUGGGAACAGUCAUCCAGUAUGGCAACGUUAUCCAGCUGCUUCACUUAAAAAGUAACAAAUACUUAACAGUAAAUAAGAGGCUUCCAGCUCUACUAGAGAAGAAUGCUAUGAGGGUGACCUUGGAUGAAGCUGGAAAUGAAGGUUCCUGGUUCUACAUACAGCCUUUCUACAAACUGCGUUCCAUUGGAGACAGUGUUGUCAUUGGAGACAAAGUAGUCCUGAAUCCCGUCAACGCUGGCCAGCCUCUCCACGCCAGUAGUCAUCAGCUUGUCGAUAAUCCGGGAUGCAAUGAGGUCAACUCUGUGAAUUGCAAUACAAGCUGGAAAAUUGUCCUCUUCAUGAAAUGGAGUGAUAACAAAGAUGAUAUUCUCAAAGGGGGGGAUGUGGUGAGACUGUUUCAUGCAGAACAGGAGAAGUUUCUGACUUGCGAUGAGCACAGGAAGAAGCAGCACGUCUUCCUGAGAACGACAGGGAGGCAGUCGGCCACAUCUGCAACCAGUUCAAAAGCCCUGUGGGAAGUAGAGGUGGUGCAGCAUGAUCCUUGUCGUGGUGGUGCGGGGUACUGGAAUAGCCUUUUCAGGUUCAAACACCUUGCUACUGGACACUACCUAGCAGCAGAGGUAAACCCUGACUAUGAGGAAGAUGACCUGGAGUGUCAAUCCUCACUGGACCCUGAGCAGGAUGCCUCCCGAAGAGGCUUGCGCAAUGCUCAGGAGAAGAUGGCAUACUCCCUGGUGUCCGUGCCUGAAGGAAAUGAUAUCUCCUCCAUAUUUGAGUUGGACCCUACCACCUUGCGAGGAGGAGACAGCCUUGUCCCCAGGAACUCUUAUGUCAGACUUAGACACCUUUGCACUAACACCUGGGUUCAUAGUACCAAUAUCCCUAUUGAUAAAGAAGAGGAGAAACCUGUGAUGCUUAAAAUUGGUACUUCUCCAGUGAAAGAGGACAAAGAAGCUUUUGCUAUAGUACCAGUUUCCCCUGCAGAGGUUCGGGACUUGGAUUUUGCAAAUGAUGCAAGUAAGGUUUUAGGUUCCAUUGCUGGCAAAUUGGAAAAGGGAACAAUAACCCAGAAUGAAAGAAGAUCUGUUACCAAAUUGUUGGAAGAUUUGGUCUACUUUGUUACUGGUGGAACUAAUUCUGGACAAGAUGUCCUUGAAGUGGUAUUUUCUAAACCUAAUAGAGAACGGCAAAAACUCAUGAGAGAACAGAAUAUUCUAAAGCAGAUUUUCAAGUUGUUGCAAGCACCAUUUACAGACAGUGGUGAUGGCCCGAUGUUGCGCUUGGAGGAGCUUGGAGACCAGCGUCAUGCUCCUUUCAGACACAUAUGCCGGCUUUGCUACAGAGUGCUGAGACACUCUCAGCAGGAUUACAGAAAGAAUCAGGAAUACAUUGCAAAGCAGUUUGGCUUCAUGCAGAAGCAAAUUGGCUAUGAUGUCUUGGCUGAGGACACUAUCACAGCACUGCUUCAUAACAAUCGCAAGCUCUUGGAGAAGCACAUCACAGCUGCUGAGAUUGACACUUUUGUUAGUCUCGUGAGGAAAAAUAGGGAGCCCAGGUUUUUGGAUUACCUCUCAGAUCUGUGCGUUUCCAUGAACAAGUCUAUUCCAGUGACACAGGAGUUGAUUUGUAAAGCUGUGCUGAAUCCAGCAAAUGCAGACAUUCUCAUUGAAACUAAGCUGGUCCUCUCUCGAUUUGAGUUUGAAGAAGUGUCAAGUGGAGAAAAUGCCUUGGAAGUUGGAGAAGAUGAGGAAGAAGUGUGGUUGUUCUGGAGAGACAGUAACAAGGAAAUCCGCAGUAAGAGUAUCAGAGAGUUGGCUCAGGAUGCUAAGGAAGGGCAGAAGGAAGAUCGAGACGUACUCAGCUACUACAGAUACCAACUAAACCUCUUUGCUAGAAUGUGCCUUGAUCGGCAGUACUUAGCCAUAAAUGAAAUAUCUGGCCAGCUGGAUGUGGACCUCAUUCUCCGUUGCAUGUCUGAUGAAAACUUGCCAUAUGAUCUGAGAGCAUCUUUCUGCCGGCUAAUGCUUCAUAUGCACGUUGAUCGUGACCCCCAAGAACAAGUAACACCAGUGAAGUAUGCUCGUCUGUGGUCUGAAAUACCUUCUGAAAUUGCUAUUGAUGACUAUGAUAGCAGUGGAACUUCCAAAGAUGAAAUUAAGGAGAGAUUUGCACAAACAAUGGAAUUUGUAGAGGAAUAUUUAAGAGAUGUGGUGUGUCAGAGGUUCCCUUUCUCUGAUAAAGAGAAAAAUAAGCUCACUUUUGAGGUUGUUAACUUAGCCAGGAAUCUGAUAUAUUUUGGUUUCUACAACUUCUGUGACCUCCUCAGACUAACCAAAAUCCUCCUUGCUAUAUUAGACUGUGUGCACAUCACUACCAUCUUCCCUAUUACCAAGAUGGCAAAAGGCGAGGAAAGUAAAGGGAGCAAUGUGAUGAGAUCAAUCCACGGAGUUGGUGAGCUGAUGACCCAGGUGGUGCUCAGAGGUGGUGGGUUCUUGCCCAUGACUCCGCUUGCUGCUGCUCCUGAGGGUAAUGUCAAGCAGAGUGAACCAGAGAAAGAGGACAUCCUGGUAAUGGACACAAAGCUGAAGAUCAUCGAAAUACUUCAGUUUAUUUUGAAUGUGAGAUUGGACUACAGAAUCUCCUGCCUACUUUGUAUAUUUAAACAUGAAUUUGAUGAAAGCAAUGCCCAGAUGUCUGAAUCACCAACUGGAAGCAGUAAUCAAGAAAUGCCAGCUAAUGUACCAGGAGCCCUAGACUUUGAACAUAUUGAAGAACAAGCCGAGGGGAUCUUUGGCGGAAGGAAAGAGAACACACCACUGGAUUUAGAUGAUCAUGGUGGCAGAACAUUUCUCAGAGUUUUGUUGCAUUUAACAAUGCAUGAUUAUCCUCCUCUGGUGUCUGGAGCACUUCAGCUACUCUUCCGUCACUUUAGUCAGAGACAAGAAGUCCUUCAAGCUUUUAAGCAGGUUCAACUGCUUGUUACCAGCCAAGAUGUUGACAACUACAAGCAGAUAAAACAAGAUUUGGACCAGCUGAGGUCUAUUGUGGAAAAAUCGGAGCUUUGGGUGUACAAAGGCCAAGGUCCUGAUGAGACUAUGGAUGGAGUGCAAGGUGAAAACGAACAUAAGAAAAAAGAGGAAGGUCACAGCAAGUCCCAAAAGCCUGAAAGUACUAGCAGCUACAACUACCGUGUAGUAAAAGAGAUCCUGCUGCGGCUCAGCAAGCUCUGUGUUCAGGAAAGCGCCUCGGUCAGGAAAAGCCGUAAGCAGCAGCAGCGACUUCUGAGGAACAUGGGAGCUCAUGCGGUUGUGCUGGAGCUGCUGCAGAUCCCUUACGAAAAGGCUGAAGACACGAGGAUGCAGGAGAUAAUGAAGCUUGCACACGAGUUUUUACAGAACUUUUGUGCUGGGAACCAACAGAACCAGGCAUUGCUGCACAAGCACAUAAACCUGUUCCUUAACCCAGGGAUUCUGGAAGCAGUAACAAUGCAGCACAUUUUCAUGAACAACUUCCAGCUUUGCAGUGAGAUUAAUGAACGCGUUGUUCAACACUUUGUCCACUGUAUCGAAACACAUGGCAGAAAUGUUCAGUACAUAAAGUUCCUGCAGACAAUUGUCAAGGCGGAAGGAAAAUUCAUUAAGAAAUGCCAAGAUAUGGUAAUGGCUGAGCUGGUGAAUGCGGGAGAAGACGUCCUAGUCUUUUACAAUGACAGAGCCUCCUUCCAGACUUUGGUGCAAAUGAUGAGAUCAGAGAGGGAUCGGAUGGAUGAAAACAGCCCACUGAUGUACCACAUCCACUUAGUAGAACUGCUUGCUGUGUGCACAGAAGGCAAAAAUGUCUACACAGAAAUAAAAUGCAACUCCCUUCUUCCUUUGGAUGACAUUGUUAGGGUAGUAACCCACGAGGAUUGCAUACCUGAGGUCAAAAUUGCAUACAUCAACUUCUUGAAUCAUUGCUAUGUGGACACAGAAGUAGAAAUGAAAGAGAUUUACACCAGUAAUCAUAUGUGGAAGCUAUUUGAGAACUUCCUGGUUGACAUCUGUCGGGCUUGUAACAACACCAGCGACAGAAAGCAUGCUGACUCCAUAUUGGAGAAGUACGUUACAGAAAUAGUGAUGAGUAUAGUCACCACUUUCUUCAGUUCCCCAUUCUCUGAUCAGAGCACUACUUUGCAGGCAUUAAUCUUGACCAGAAUAAAAGAGACUCGCCAGCCUGUGUUUGUACAGUUGCUGCAAGGCGUGUUCAGAGUGUACCAUUGCAACUGGUUAAUGCCAAGCCAAAAGGCUUCAGUGGAAAGCUGCAUUCGGGUCCUCUCAGAUGUAGCGAAAAGCCGAGCAAUUGCAAUUCCUGUAGACUUGGACAGUCAGGUCAACAAUCUCUUCUUGAAAUCUCAUAACAUUGUACAGAAGACUGCAAUGAACUGGCGAAUGACUGCAAGGAAUGCUGCCCGCAGAGAUUCGGUGCUCGCUGCCUCCAGGGAUUAUCGAAACAUAAUUGAAAGAUUACAGGACAUAGUAUCAGCUUUAGAGGAUCGCCUACGUCCUCUUGUCCAGGCAGAGUUGUCAGUACUAGUAGAUGUGCUUCACAGGCCUGAACUGCUCUUCCCAGAGAACACGGAUGCAAGGAGGAAAUGUGAAAGCGGAGGUUUCAUUUGCAAGUUAAUAAAGCAUACUAAACAGCUGCUAGAGGAGAAUGAGGAGAAACUAUGUAUUAAAGUAUUACAGACGCUCAGGGAAAUGAUGACCAAAGAUAGAGGCUAUGGAGAAAAGAUUACCAUUGAAUUGGAUAAUGCUGAGCUGCCGCAACCUCCAGAAACGGAAAGCUCUGUAGAGCAGGAGCUUGAUCAAAGUCUACCACAGAGGCAACUGGAGGAUCAUAGAAGGGGUGAGGCACUCAGGCAAGUUUUGGUCAACCGUUACUAUGGCAAUGUGAGACCGGCGGGACGGCGCGAGAGCCUCACCACCUUCGGCAAUGGCCCCUUGUCUGCCGGAGGCACCAGCAAAGCCGGGGCAGGAGGAGGAAGCUCUGGAUCGAGUUCAAUGAGCCGAGGUGAGAUGAGUUUGGCAGAUGUCCAGUGUCAUCUGGAUAAAGAAGGUGCAUCCAACCUGGUCAUAGAUCUCAUCAUGAAUGCCACCAGUGACAGAGUCUUCCAUGAGAGCAUCCUGCUAGCCAUUGCCCUUCUGGAAGGUGGGAACACUACAAUACAGCAUUCGUUCUUCUGCCGACUGACGGAAGAUAAGAAAUCUGAAAAGUUCUUUAAGGUUUUUUAUGAUCGCAUGAAAGUGGCACAGCAAGAAAUCAAGGCUACUGUCACAGUCAAUACUAGUGACUUAGGAAAUAAAAAGAAAGAUGAAGACUCAGACAGAGAUGUACCAAGCAGGAAAAGAGUGAGAGAGCCUAUGACCCAAAUUACCGAGGAGGUCCGGGAUCAGUUACUGGAGGCCUCUGCAGCUACAAGAAAGGCUUACAACACUUACCGGAGGGAAGCUGAUCCCGAUGACCAUUAUUCAGCAGGAGAAGGAGCGCAGUCUGCAGCAGACAAGAGCAAAGAUGACCUGGAGAUGAGUGCUGUCAUCUCAAUAAUGCAACCCAUCCUCCGGUUCUUGCAGCUGCUCUGUGAAAACCACAAUCGGGAUUUGCAGAAUUUUCUACGCUGCCAGAACAACAAGACCAACUACAACUUGGUGUGCGAGACGCUGCAGUUUCUGGACUGUAUCUGUGGAAGCACAACUGGUGGACUUGGACUUCUUGGUCUGUAUAUAAAUGAGAAAAACGUAGCACUGAUCAACCAGACGCUGGAAAGUUUGACCGAGUACUGUCAGGGGCCUUGCCACGAGAACCAGAACUGCAUUGCUACUCAUGAGUCCAACGGUAUUGACAUCAUCACAGCAUUAAUUCUCAAUGACAUCAACCCUUUGGGAAAGAAGAGGAUGGACCUUGUGUUGGAACUGAAGAACAACGCCUCAAAACUGCUCUUGGCGAUCAUGGAGAGCAGGCACGACAGCGAGAACGCGGAGAGGAUCCUCUACAACAUGAGGCCCAAAGAGCUGGUGGAAGUGAUAAAGAAGGCUUAUCUGCAGGGAGAAGUAGAAUUUGAGGAUGGAGAAAAUGGGGAAGAUCUUGCGGCAUCUCCGAGGAACGUGGGACACAACAUUUAUAUAUUAGCUCAUCAGUUGGCUCGUCAUAACAAAGAGCUGCAGAACAUGCUGAAGCCGGGAGGUCAGAUAGAGGGAGACGAGGCUCUGGAGUUUUACGCCAAGCACACGGCACAGAUUGAGAUUGUCAGGUCGGACCGUACCAUGGAGCAGAUCGUCUUCCCCGUGCCCAGUAUCUGUGAAUUCCUCACGAAGGAGUCCAAGCUGCGGAUAUAUUAUACCACGGAGAGGGAUGAACAAGGCAGCAAGAUCAACGACUUCUUCAUGAAAUCAGAAGACCUCUUUAAUGAGAUGAACUGGCAAAAGAAAUUGCGAGCUCAACCUUUCCUAUACUGGUGUGCUCGCAACAUGUCCUUCUGGAGCAGUAUUUCCUUUAACCUGGCUGUCCUUAUGAACCUGCUCGUGGCAUUUUUCUAUCCAUUCAAAGGAAUUCGAGGAGGUACCCUGGAGCCCCACUUGUCAGGCUUGCUGUGGACAGCUAUGCUGAUAUCUCUGGCCAUCGUUAUAGCUCUGCCGAAGCCCCACGGCAUCCGAGCCUUAAUCGCUUCUACAAUAUUACGACUAAUAUUUUCAAUUGGUUUACAACCUACCUUAUUUCUUCUGGGUGCAUUCAACGUCUGUAAUAAAAUCAUUUUUCUGAUGAGUUUUGUGGGUAACUGUGGAACCUUCACUAGAGGAUACAAGGCAAUGAUCAUGGAUGUAGAGUUUCUUUAUCACCUGCUGUACCUUCUGAUUUGCGCUCUGGGGCUCUUCGUACAUGAAUUCUUUUAUAGUUUGUUGCUCUUUGACUUGGUGUACCGAGAAGAGACCUUGCUGAACGUCAUCAAGAGCGUCACUCGCAAUGGGCGUUCCAUCAUCCUCACUGCUGUUCUCGCUCUCAUCUUGGUCUACCUGUUCUCCAUAGUGGGGUACCUCUUCUUCAAAGAUGACUUUAUCCUGGAAGUAGACAAGCUCCCUAAUGAAACGUUAUUGCCAGAUCGCGCAGAACCAGGUGAGACCAUGACUGGAGAGUUUCUCUAUUCAGAUGUAUGCAAAGCAGGUAGCAGUGAAAACUGUUCUUCAAUCAUUCCUUCAGACCAACUGAUUGCUGAAGAAAUGGAGGAAGAGAAUAAAGAGCAUACGUGCGAGACGUUACUGAUGUGCAUUGUUACUGUACUGAGUCAUGGGCUCAGGAGUGGGGGUGGAGUAGGUGAUGUGCUCAGGAAACCAUCCAAAGAGGAACCUCUCUUUGCUGCUAGAGUGAUAUAUGAUCUGUUAUUCUUCUUCAUGGUCAUCAUUAUUGUCCUUAACCUGAUUUUUGGUGUGAUCAUUGACACUUUUGCUGAUUUAAGGAGUGAAAAACAGAAGAAAGAAGAAAUUUUAAAAACGACUUGCUUUAUUUGUGGUUUGGAAAGAGAUAAGUUUGAUAACAAGACAGUCACAUUUGAAGAGCACAUUAAAGAAGAGCACAAUAUGUGGCAUUAUUUGUGCUUUAUUGUGUUAGUGAAAGUAAAAGAUUCAACAGAAUAUACAGGACCAGAAAGUUAUGUGGCAGAAAUGAUCAAGGAGAGAAACCUGGACUGGUUCCCCCGGAUGCGGGCCAUGUCACUUGUGAGCAGCGACUCAGAAGGAGAGCAGAAUGAGCUGAGGAACUUGCAGGAGAAGUUGGAGUCCACCAUGAAGCUUGUGACCAACCUCUCUGGCCAGCUGUCAGAGCUUAAAGAUCAGAUGACGGAGCAGAGGAAGCAGAAACAGCGCAUCGGUCUCCUAGGACACCCUCCGCCCAUGAAUGUGAACCCGCAGCAACCGGCAUAAGUCAAGAAGGGUCACUUGCCCCUCUCGCAACAGCACGAGUGAUGCUAACCCAGAGUUCAGAUCCGACCACUGAGGCUGCUUCUGUGUACGUUCAGUUCAUUUUGUAAAUAACCUGUUUUUAUACUAUAUGUAUAUGACUGCUACUAUAUAAAGUUUUGGGCAUACGUAUUGUAAUGAGAACUGUUGGCACAGGACGGAGGUUAAACUUUGUGCCAAAACUAUCAAAAUUGCCUUUUCCUUGGAAGGACUAAAGAGAGCACCUGAAUUGCACUUGAAAAGAAUAUUUGACUAUGUGACAUGUAUUUUGUAUUUAAAAAAAAAAAUAGAAUAGCUAGUAUUUAUGUUUUUAUACAAUUGUGCAAUAUGAAUUAUGCAAUCACAAUAUAUUUGUAACUCCUGAAUGUCCUAAAGGGAGUGCACAUCUUUGAAUCUGGUGUGUUAGUACAAUGUAAUAAAUGGUAUAAAAUUACAGGUGUAAAUGAGGCUGCUGCAAAAUUGUGUAACUGGUGAUUUUUCAUACCCUUGGACAUUUUUGUACCAUGUGUGUAAAUAUCUUGCAAUGCCAUAUCUGUUGCCUCUUCCUCCCAGAGAUAACGCUGGGAAUCCGUGAGCUAUUAAAUUGGUAUCAAUUAAAGCAAAACAUUACUUUGAAGCUUCCAAA